UUCAUUUGUGGUCAAACGCAAGUUAUUAAAAGUUGAAGUCUUUUCGUCUCAUUUUCCCUCGACCUGUUGGAAAAAAUGUGGGAAUACGACCCCAAUAAAAGAAUGCCAUCGAAAGAAGGAGACGUUCAAUUACAUUCCAUCAAGGAUGAGCUCACUGGAAAAGAAAAAGAAUUGCUUGAAUUGUGUGGGCGUGAUUCGCGAUCGGAUCUAACGGGAAAAAUCAAAGAAUUAAUUCAGUUCGGAAUUAACCUGAACGCAAAGGACAACAACGGAAUGAAUGCGCUCCAUCUUUUAUGUCGUUACUAUUCAAACCCAAAAUUAACCGACGCAAUUCAACUCGUGGUCAAAAGUGGAAUCGACGUGAAUGCAAGGGACAAUGAUGGAAUGAAUGCCAUUCAUUACUUGUGUCAAUAUCAAUCAAGCCAAAACUUAAUCGACGCAAUUCAAAUUUUAAUUCAACUGGGAAUCGAUGCGAACGCAAAAAGCAACGAUGGAUCAAAUGUGCUCCAUUAUUUAUGUCGAGACAAUUCAAACCCAAAUUUACUCGACGCAUUUGAAAUUUUGACUGAAUACGGUGUGGAUGCGAAGGCAAAAGACAAAGAUGGAUGGAAUGCGAACUAUUAUUUGUAUAAUAAUGAUAAGAAGGUAAUGAAAAUUUGGUUCGACCGCGAAAACCCAAUAGGGGAAGGUAGCUUUGGUAUGGUAUGCAAAGGGAAGUUCGGAGGUCGUGAAGUAGCAGUAAAAAGAGUUGAAAUGCGACACGUGGACAAAAUAGAAGAAGAAGCUAUGCUUAAGUUAGAUCACCCAAACAUCGUCAAACUUCUUCACUGUGAAAAGGACCAAGAUUUUAUGUACUACGCAUUGGAAUUAUGUAACGCUUCCUUAGAUCAAGUUUUCCUGAAUUCGGAUGAUCCCAAAAAAUACAAAGGACCUAUGCCACGUCAAAUCGAGGUUUUCCACCAAUUAGCUACAGGCCUGGCAUACAUCCAUUCAAAGAAUUUAAUUCAUCGAGACAUUAAGCCGAACAACGUUCUAAUUAAGCGAUCUCCAGGCCAAGAUGAAAAGACAAUAAUCAAAUUGGCUGAUUUUGGGCUGGCAAAAAAGGUUACUGAACGGGGGUCAUAUUCAUGGACUGGAAGGGAAGGAACCAGAAACUGGUACGCCCCGGAGGUGUUACACUUAUUCUUGAACAAAAAUAAAAAAAAAGAGGAUGAAGAGGCAGAAAAGAAAAGAGGCACAGUAAAGAGCGAUGUGUUUGUCCUCGGCCUCGUUUUCGGAUAUCUUUUCUUGGAGGGAGAACAUCUGUUCGGUUCAAGCGAAAAAGAAAUUCAUGAUAACAUAAUUGGAGGACGUGCGGUGAAUAUGAAGAAUAUUGAUGCCGAAUUGCGCAAAUAUUAUGAGGAAGACUUACUAACGAAGAUGUUGGAAAACGAUUCGGUAAAAAGAAUAAGUUCGAAAGAAGUCGUCGAACAACUGGAAUCCAUCACGGAAAAGCUGACUGAAAAAGCAAAAGAAUUUCGACAACUUUGUGCUCGUGGCUCUUUGUCUGAUCUAAAAGGAAUAGCCAACGACUUCAUUCGCAUUGGAAUCGAUAUGAAUGCAAAGGGCAUUUAUGGAAGGAAUGCGCUUCAUCAUUUGUGUAAAUUAAAGUCAAGCCCAAAUUUAAUUGACGCCAUUCAACUCUUAAUCCAACUGGGAAUUGAUGUGAAUGCAAAGGACUCUCUUUUCAAAAUGAAUGCGCUCCAUCAUUUGUGUGAAUCAAAUUCAAGCCCAAAUUUAAUUGACGCCGUUCAACUCUUAAUCCCACUGGGAAUUCAUGUCAAUGCAAAGGACAGAUGGGGAAAGAAUGCGCUUCAUCAUUUGUGUAAAUCAAAUUCAAGCCCAAAUUUAAUUGACGCCAUUCAACUCUUAAUCCAAAAGGGAAUUGAUGUCAAUGCAAAGGGCGAAUGGGGACAGAAUGCGCUGCAUUAUUUGUGUGAAUUCAAUUCAAGCCCAAAUUUAAUUGACGCCAUUCAACUCUUAAUCCAACUGGGAAUUGAUGUGAAUGCAAAGAACAUUAUGCAAAGGAAUGCGCUUCAUCAUUUGUGUGAAUUCAAUUCAAGCCCAAAUUUAAUUGACGCCAUGAAACUCUUAAUCCAACUGGGAAUUGAUGUGAACGCAAAGGGCUUCAUGGGAGAGAAUGCGCUGCAUUAUUUGUGUGAAUUCAAUUCAAGCCCAAAUUUAAUUGACGCCAUGAAACUCUUAAUCCAACUGGGAAUUGAUGUGAACGCAAAGGGCGACAGGGGAAAGAAUGCGCUGCAUUAUUUGUGUGAAUUCAAUUCAAUCCCAAAUUUAAUCAACGCCAUUCAACUCUUAAUCCAACUGGGAAUUGAUGUCAAUGCAAAGGACAAGGAUGGAAGGAAUGCUCGAAGUUAUUUACGCUAUAAUGAUAAGAUUAGCAACAAGGACGAAAUCCUAAAACUGCUCGACGAAGCACUUGUUGUUUGAAUCACAACUCGUCUCUAGGCGAUACAAUGCACUUCGACGGCGGAGAAUGAAAAUAUAAAAGCGCCUGCCGCAUACUCGGAAUAAUUUUGCCAUUUACCCCUUGAAAACUCAAAUAUCCCGCUUUCUUGGCUGUAUUGCUCAGGCCGACGGACUUUGAAAAAUAAAAAUAAUGACUACAUCGCCAUAGAGUCUUAUCAAUUUAUGACUCCUUUAGCCAUGUUAAUUGCAACUCAUUCGACAAUUGAUAAAUUCGAUGUGGGCAAACGACUUUUAAAUAAAAGAAAGUAUUAAAGGAUAAGUCAAGUGAUUCAAUAUCGGUUCAAAGAGCCUCUUCUCUCAUUGGAUAAGUAUCUCAUUUCAUUUCAACUUUCUAGCAAACUCUAAAGGAACUGAUA